AUGAAUACGGUUUCUCAAAAUCAACUUACAAGCGUUUGUGUUUACUGCGGCUCCAGCUUUGGCUCGGACCCGGCCCACGAAGCGGCGGCCACACGGCUGGGCCAGAUCAUCGCGGAGGCGGGUCUGCGUCUUGUUUACGGCGGCGGAUCGGUCGGCCUGAUGGGCACUGUCGCCAACGCCGCGCUGGAGUCGGGCGGCAAGGUUACAGGCAUCAUUCCCCGCUUCCUGGAAAAACGGGAAGUCAUGCUGGAUUCUCUUGAAGAUCUUGUCAUCACGAACGACAUGCACGAACGCAAGCAUCUGAUGUUUGAAAGGGCUGACGCCUUUAUCGCGCUUCCCGGAGGAAUAGGCACUCUGGAAGAAGCGGUCGAAAUGAUGACAUGGGCCCAGCUGGGUCAGCACAAGAAACCUGUCCUGCUCGCCAAUAUCAACGGGUUCUGGUCACCUUUGCUGGAAUUGCUCGACCACAUGCGGGCGCAGGGAUACAUUCGGCCGGACACCGAAGUCCCCUAUCUUGUGGCGAAGAAGAUCGAAGAUAUUCUUCCCAUGCUGCAGCAAUCGGUUUCCGAUGGGAAAACCGAGCAAGCAGGAAACUUCGCGAAGGUAACGGAACUCUGA